CUCAAAUAAGGGGCUAUUUACCCGAGAGCCCGGUUACCCGAGAUUCAACUGAAGCGUGAGAUGAUUUUGAGGUAUUGAAAUGAGCAGAUAACAUGAUCCUGGCAGUCGAAAAAUCACCACAACAAAAGCAUGUACUUGUUUGGUGUCAUAAAGACUUAUUUCAAUACCUCAAAGUCCUCUCACGCUUCGUUGAAUUUCGGGUAACCGGGCUCAUGUAAACAGCUCCAAAGACUGGAAGACUCACUUGGUCGGAAGUUUGAAGCCAAGAUGGCGGUCACUGAAGCCUUUCUUGUAGGUCACCGACUAAAUAUCAGCUUGCUUGAAUGUGUUGAAUCUUCCUCUGGACCCGAUUGUGUUCAUCACUGCCUUAGCCAUAAAUGCUGUCGUUCAGUGAACUAUCGGAAAAGUGGAUCCUGCAACAGCAACACGAGUGAAACCUGUGAACUGCUGCAUUUACAAGCAACAGAAAAUCUCGAUAAUCUUGAAAAGAAUAAAAUGUACGACCACUAUACCAUGGUUGAACCACAACGUGCGAAGAUUUGUGAUUGUCUCAAUUGCAAGGAUGAAUCUUGUUUAAAAGAGAACUGUUCUUGCACAUAUGACAAGGAUAAGGGGAAAAAAUGUACAGAUGGAAACUUUAAUAUUCACGUGAACAGUCUUGGAUAUCAAUCUAACCCCCAAUCAUGGGGUCAUGCAAUUAUAAAGAUUAACGGAAAAGAUUAUUCUAAUGAUACGCGUGGUUUUAACUUUGUUGUUAUCGACGGCAAGAACGGAUAUAUCGAAGACUCGCGUGCAUUUGACACACAUCUGGAUGCGACAGACAUGACCACAUUUGUAAAGGGUCUCUCCACCAAGAAGAACAAAAUCAUCAUCGCUGCUGUUAAAGAUGACGGCGAAAAAGGAAUGACAGCUGAAGCAUAUGCGGCCCUUUCCCUCAUAGCUCCAGAGACUGUUACAUCAAUAAAAAGAAGAGGCUCUUUUGCAAUGAUUGGAUUUUCGGAGACAAAAAAACCUCCUUUUGUGAAAGUGAUUAAAAGAAAUCAAGGCAAAGUGGCCAGCGUCAUUGAUGAAAUAAUCCACAUCCCAAUUGUUAUCAAUUAAAACUAAGCAAAUUACAGGCUGGAUAUUAUUAUGUAAAGCACUUUUAUGUUAGCUGCGUGCAUUUUAAGAUCUAUAUAUUAAAGGUUAUUAUUAUAUUGCUUCUUAAUUAAAACAAAUGCAAUGUAUGAAAGAAAGCGAGAUAUUAUUUAAUAGACCGCUAAUAUCAAUACUGUUUAGGGUGAAGACAAUUAGGGACAUUUGUUUAGGAAUUGAAAUUUAUGGUCCUACUGC